CCAAGGUUGCGGGAAUGGAGGUCGACUAAUCCGCUGCAUGCCAAGCAGCAUCCUUCAUCGCCGUGGGGUCAACCGCGAUCUCUAGCCAUUUUCUCGACAAAUGCGGCGUGCUGAGAUGUCGUUGCGCCGGCAAGCAGCGCAAGGUCGGUCUUGCUUCACUUCAUCAGAGUGUUCUUCAGGCUAAUUCUCCAUCAUCCAGAACAAUGCCUUCUCGAGCAAAUAUAGAUCAAUCAGCAUGAGGAUCCUCGAUCAUGGAGCAACAUGUCUGGUCUGGACGGGCUCUCUGUGCAUUGUCCGGAGCAUACCACGAGACAAGCUUCCAAGGACGCCAGAGAGGGUAUUUGUUACGAGCCGACUUCCAGCAGACCAGCCUUGCGCGCACACAUCCACUCCAUUUCGCGGCGGAUCUGCCUUUCCAUCAGGCGUUGGAGGCCAAGAUCCCAGAAGCAGCCUCUUCGACGGCUCCUCCCACAUUCGCAGCCAGUGGGAAGGAGAGGACGAGUCGCCUGGCGAAGGUCAAAUCCCCAGGAAUGUCGGGAGGCGGAUCGUCUGACGAGGAGCGUUUCCAAGCAGACACCCGUACCAUCCUGCUCUCACAUCUCAGAGACCAUCAAUGCAUGUCUUGCAGCCAUUGUCGCCUUUCGACCAGCGACCCCCGCAUUCCAGACCCCCGAAGCCAUGGCCGAAGACAGCUUCCAAAGACACGACUCGUCCGGUGAUGGCGAAGAAGAAAACACGCCUCGAUCAAAGCGAAUGCACUUUCGAAGAGCCUGCAGACUUCUUCACUGCCCGCGGCCUGAAACAUCAUUGAAGGUCCACACUCUACGCGGGGCGGCGCGGGCACAAUUUGGCCGACGCAAGGAAGGACCCCCUUGCUUCAACACCUCGACCGUAUACAUAUUCCACCUCAUCAUGUUUAUACGACUCUUUCCCGUCGAUUUCGCCGGAUAUCCGGAUGUCGAAGAGAAGAGGAAGGUUCCAGCAGACUUUCUUUGACGAAAACAGCGGCCGGUGCUGUGAAGAUGCCUGACAACUCCAAGAUGUCGCCGGCAUCUUGAAGCACGCGGACGUGUUGAAGGAGAUCCAGACGAGCUCCUUGCUCAAACAGGAAGUUCGUUCACAGGAGAGGGCACCGUGGUUGUUCAGUCGACACUCGGGGAUCCAUAGCAGCAGACUUCCCAAACCUCCGAUUCGCGCUGAAACCCCGUGUC